GAAAAAUGACUACAUUUGAUAAUACUGAUCCUGAAGAGGAGAUUUAUGAGAAGACAUCUUUAGAUAGAAAUGACGAUAAAGAUGAUAAGAAUACUGAUGGUGAUAAUGAUGAUGAUAAUGGCAAUAAAGAUCAAUCAAUUGGUCAUAUGCGUGAUGAAGCUUUAAAACGUAAAGAACGCUUGAAACAAUUACGUAUGAAGAAUGCAUCACAGAAAAGUAUCAUCCAUGUACAAAAUGAUGAUGGUGAAUUGCCUAAACCAAUAUUUCGUAAUUAUAAACCACAAUCAGAAGAAUUAAAAGAUGGUGAACUACCAGCUGGUAGACCAGUUGACUUGAACAAACACAUCAUAUCACAACUUGAAGCUGCAGACGCUCCAGUUAUUGUUGAUGAAGUCAAUUUAAUGAGCCUUGCUCCACGUAAACCGGAUUGGGAUUUGAAAAGAGGUGUUGAAAAGAAACUGCGUAAAUUGGAGAAAAGAACACAACGUGCUAUUGCUGAAAUGAUUCGUGAACGUCUUCUGGGAACAGACAACUAUCUAUCUGAUUCACUUGUAAAUCAUGAAAAAUCAAUUGAGUAAUUUCCUCAUAUUCUCUUUCUAACCUGUAUAUUAAUUUGAAAUAAAUACAUGUAUAAUAGAAUUGUAUGGUUUAUUUU